AUGACGGGGGCGAAUCCGGUUUCCACUCUGAUGUGUACAUCGGUGGAUUUGGGUUCCGACAGUACGCUGUUUGACUCCACAGCGUAUUGCCGUGUCAUUGGCCGCUUGCAGUAUCUGUCCAUCACCAGACCGGAUAUCUCGUUUGCGGUAAAUCGCCUGGCACAGUCUAUGGCAUCACCGACUGAGGGUCACUGGCUAGCUGUAAAGCGGAUCCUGCGCAACUUGAAAAGUACGCUGCUCUUUGGCCUUCACUUUCGGCGUGGGAGUCCGCUUUCCCUUGUGGCUUAUUCGAACUCUGACUGGGGCAGUGUCCGUGACAGGGGGCGGUCUACCACGGCCUAUUGUGUGUUCUUUGGCCCUAACAUUAUUUCCUGGAAGUCUGUGAAACAAUGUUCAAUUUCCCGGUCCUCCACUGAAGCCGAGUUCCGUGUGCUUGUCAAUUCCGCUGCUGAAGUUAUGUGGGUGCAGAGUCUGUUACGUGAGCUUGGGAUUCGUCUUUGUUCUACACCGCGGCUCAUCACUAACAACUUGAGUGCUUCGUAUGUCUGCAAAAAUCUAGUUUUUCACUCCGUAUGA